GCGUCCCAGUAUGUUUGUUUUGCGAAUAGCCGGAGAUGUGUUGGGGCUGAAGCGCAACGUCGAGGUGACAUUUCCUCGCCGGCCGUCUCUGCAGCAAAUCUGCACCGUAGCCGAAACGAUUCUCCCGCUGCAGGGAAGACACGACCGACGCCCUUGGCACCCGCCUGGUCCACUGGAUGGGUCGACAACAGGGAACUUCUCACUUCCCUCAGUCGACCUCCAACGUCUGCGUCACCACACUUCCUCUGUAGGCGAUUACAUCGUGGAGUCCAUUGCCUUCAUCAAUCCCGCCACACGGCAGUGGGAGGAGGUCUACAGCGCCUCUCAGCUCACGCCUGGCGCACAGGUGUACUGCUUCUGCCCUCUGCAGCACCACCACGUGGCAGUCGUCCAGCCAAAGGAGAGUGCAUCUCCGUCGGUACGUCAUGGCACCCACUCGUCUAUUACCUUUUCACUGCGAGAGACGCUGCCGGUGGUUACGGGGGUACGAGAUAAAUGGGUCAACGCGGACCGUCCCGGCGCCAUUCCCGAGCCGCAGGAGCGUCUCGUGUGGGACUGCACCGCAACGACGCCGCUCAACAGCGCAGCUGCGCAAAAGACUCCACGACGGGGUAGCGGGGUGCGGGCCGACCAAUCCUUCUCUGCUUGUGUCUCACCGUCAAACUCGCGAAAUCUAAGUCGUGUGCUGGAUGACGACACGGCAGCGACCGCUGCGGCUGCGUUUUCGCCUCAUCGAGUGCCGCUUGCGUCUCGGUGUUACACCUCGAACUCACCGUCGGCGAUUCAGCCGAGUUACCUACUCCGACGAGAAAGUGCGGAGCCGCGGUUGUCAGGACGGAUAUGCAGACGCAGUGACCUCAACAGCAGCGGUCCGAUGGACAACCGGCGCCUGAACAGUGAGAACUCGCGGCUCUCCUUGAUUCGCAACUUCCAGAGCAAGAGGGACAACUCUCCCCUAACGUACUUUUCCGACCCUUAUUCGUUCAACAGGAGUAACUCUCCCGUGACGAGUCUCAGGAGAAAUAGACAGCGCUCGCUGGAGACGUCCGCAGAGUUCGGAGACAGGAACUCGUACAAGCACGUCCGCAGCGCGUCGUCUGCGCUUCUGCUCAGCGGGAACGGCGAAAACCGCUACGCGCGCCUCGGCGAGCGGCUCAGCCUUCUCUUUGAUGUUCUCGUGCACCUGGACAAACAGGAGGCAGGAUCUGAGCGGCAUUACCUGCUGCUGCGGGACUUCUAUCUCCUCUCUUCCUACGUGAGCUCUUGUUCUUCCACCGGGACAGCAGGCCGUGAAAGCGGGUCUGCGGUUCCGCCAUGCCCAAUGAGUCUCACAGCAGAACUCGCCUCGCAGUUCGGGCUGUCGUGGGAUGACGUACUGCGCAGCGCCGACCAGGAUCGCGACGGCUGCAUCGCCUACCGUGAGUGGAUCGCGUACGGGAUUGAGCACCCCGAUGUCAUCCAGCUGCUCUGCCAGGGCGUGUGUCGACUUCCACUCCACGUCAAUGAGGCUCUGAAAAGGCUUCGGUUGCAGUCUGAGUCUCGCCACGCAAAUCAAAGCACGUCCCCUCUACCCUCACCGUCUGAUCACGACUUUCAAGGUGGUAAAGUGAAAUCGAAGCAAUCAAGCCCACCCUGUGGAGGCGCGUCGUACCCGUGCCGCUUACACAGUGUGAGGAGCAGUGAGCGAGUGCACCGUCUUGCAGCGGCCGGCGCGGAGGCGCAACACACGUGUGUCGUGUUCGGAGGGCGAUGCGAGGCUUGUCGAGAACUGGCAGCCCAGUCCGCGGAGGAGCGGCUGCUGUGGGCGGCCCAGCGAACACCCUUUGUCAAUACCCUGCGACAAUGA